AUGGUUGAUAUUCCAUUACCUGAAAAUGUUAUGCCGCCUACAUAUUAUGAUGGGGAAAUAUAUGCAAAUUUGGGAGUGUGGGGAGACAACAUUUGUGUAGCUUUUGUUUGGGGUUUAGUUAGAAGUGGUGUGUGGGUGAUGCAGCAGUAUGGAGUAAGGGAAUCUUGUAUCAGAAAAUGUGACAUAAUCACAACCGAACGACCUCCAUGCCGCUGGUUCUCAGAUCCAUAUUGGAAACCACUAUGGUGUUUUGACAAUGGAGAAAUUUUAGUAGAUUUUUUUUGCUCGGAGUUACUUUUAUAUGAUCCACCAACUGAAAGAGUUAAGUCAGUGGUGGUCCAUGAUAUUAUUAUGGAUGAUAAUCCAGAGAGUUAUGUUGAGAGCAUAGUCUCCCUUAACUCUGGUGUAACAGAGGAUAUUGAAAGCCGCACCCUGUCACUAGAAGCAUACUCAUCAUCUGAUAGGGCACCUUAG